GAUGUGGAUGUGAGAAAAAGGCCAGCAACAAUGUGACAGACAACACAAACGCGCCGCUCCGACCAGCGAACGAGCGGCUCUCCGUGUUCUUCUGAGGCAAACACACACACACACGCACAGCUGCGGGCUCAGUGUGUGCGCAACAAGGCGAGCAGCACCAAAAAUGGACCGAGCACCACCAUCAUCAUCAUCUCCUUCAUCUCCCACUGAGGACAGUUUUUAAGGGUCCUUUUUAUAUCCUCGCACACACAUGGACAUGAAGGAAUAGGAGCGUCAGUUGAGGCCCUCCAGCUGACUUCAGGGCAAAGUCGUGGCUGCGAGGCUUUGCUGCUGGUGGGCCAGUCGAUCAGGCGUGUGUGCGAGUGAGAGCUAAUGAAGUCCAGUAUGAGGCAGUGGCGGAGGCUGGUGCUGGCCGGGAUGCUGGCCUGGGUUCUCCUCUUCCUCGGCCUCCUCUCUUACUUCCUGGAUGCUCGCGUGGACGAGCCCCUGACCUCUGCUGGCUCUUUACUCUCCCAGCACCCCGACACUCGUCGCCUGGCCUCCAUACAGGCAUCCCAUCAACAACUCGCCCUCAUCGGCUCCCGACCUGAAUCGGCUUUGGCGGCGACGACAACCAACGCCGGGGACGAGCCAGAGCUGGAGCCCUCCGCCAGCCCCAUGACCCCAGAGUCCAGCCUGGAGGUGAGCCGCAGCCCCAACAGUGCCCCAUAUGUCACCUACGGUAGCCAGGAAGCCAGUCGCCAGGAUUACCUGGACCCCCAGAGCCUGGCUGCCUGGUCCUCCUUUGGCACAGAGAAUGUGGACUCUCACCCAGAUCCCGCGGUCCAGAGUCGCGAGAGAACAUCUCAGACCGCAGAGGAUCCGAACCACGUCAGCUCCGCACACCACCGCGGCGGUGCCGGUGGUGAGGAGGAGGAAGAAGAAGAAGGAGAGAAGGAAAAUGAAGACGAAGACCUGGGACACAGAAUGAGGGCGGCAGCAAACAGGAGGACCGGCAGCGACUCCUCUGAUCUGGAGGAAUAUUACUUCUCAAAGUCGGCCUCUGUGGUGCAUCGGCUGUGGCGGGGCGACGUGUCCGCCAACAUGCUGAGUCCUCGGCUGCAGCGCUCCAUGAAGGACUACCUGAGCGCCAACAAGCACCACGUGUCCUACCAGGGGCGUCGCAAGGCCGCCCAGAGUGCCAAGGAGCUGCUGUGUCAGAUGAAGGCGCAGGCCCAGCUGAGGACGGUGGACGGCUCGGAGCAGCCCUUCUCCUCGCUCGGCUGGGCUCGCCUCGUGCCCUCGUCCCCGCUGGAGCGGCGCUACGAGCGGCGGGAGCAGAGCAGGUUCAGGACGUGUGCCGUGGUCACCUCAGCCGGAGCCAUCCUGCGCUCAGGACUGGGAAAAGAAAUCGACACUCACGACGCAGUCCUGCGCUUCAACGCGGCGCCUACCGAGGGGUACGAGCGCGACGUGGGGAACAAAACCACCAUUCGCAUUAUCAAUUCGCAGAUCUUGGCCAAUCCUAAGCAUCGCUUCAACACGAGCUCCAUCUACAAGAACGUGACUCUGGUGGCCUGGGACCCUGCGCCGUACACCGUCGACUUACACAAGUGGUACGCCAGUCCCGACUACAACCUGUUUGGUCCGUAUGUGGAGCACCGCAAGCUCCACCCCGACCAGCCGUUCUACAUCCUUCACCCCGGCUACGUGUGGCAACUCUGGGAUGUGAUUCAGGGCAACACUCAGGAGAACAUCCAGCCCAAUCCGCCCUCAUCUGGCUUCAUAGGCAUCCUCCUGAUGAUGACGCUCUGCGACCAAGUCCACGUCUACGAGUACAUUCCCUCCAUGAGGCAGACGGACCUGUGCCACUACCACGAGCGCUACUACGACGCGGCGUGCACGCUGGGCGCCUACCAUCCUCUCCUGUACGAGAAGAACCUGGUCCAGCGGAUCAACACGGGCCCCGAGAGUGACCUGAGGAGGAAGGGCCGCGUCACCCUGCCGGGCUUCGGCACCGUCAACUGUGACAUCUGAGAAACAUGGAAACCUGACUGUGUUCACACUCGACAUGACGCAAACGCACUGGGCCUUUUCCCCGCCCGCCCCCCCCGCCGCCGCUGGCUGACUGAGGGAGAGGUGCAAUAAAGCCGCUGGAGACGCGAAGCCUGAAAACAACAAGCUCCGGAUCAGACCCAUGAAGAACAUAAGCCAUACUCCUGGAGGGGAGGGAUCAGUGCGGAGGCUUCUGUAGGAACUUGUUCUUCAUCAAGAUGGUUUAACCAGACCGGAGACGUCCAGGAAACGUCUCCAACGUAGAUGAAAAAGGAAAAAAAAAGAAGUUUCUCUCUGCUUUAGCUGAGCCACGUUAGCUGUGGAGCUGACUAGGGUAGCAACACGUCCGUGUUUUUAGGUAGACAUGUGACUUUUCAAUAACUGGGUGUGUUUCGACCGUGUACAAUGUGUGUUUUUCAAAUAGUACGGAGUGGGUUCUCCACUAAAGGGAAAUAUCCACUUGUCACAGUGGAUAUCUGUGAUUUCAAUUUCAUUUUUUCCCCCUCUCUCGCUGGUGCCGGCGCUCCUCUCCGACUCCUCUGAUGAGAUCAGACACUUGUGUCGAGGGUUUUAAUUCCACGCUACUGAUAUCACGAUAGCUCUCCUGCGAACUCGCAAUCACCAGGUAGUUGCUGCUUGUUCACAUGGUUCUGUAAAGAGUAUAGACUUUCUUUCUUUCUUUCUGUCUUUUUUUACUGAGGGGUAAAGUAAACGGGGCCAAAACGGAGCGUCAGAGCUCACCGGUGCUCAGAGCAGCCGUAUUCCUGUGCCUACUGCUCGGCUGAAUGCUUCCCUCGUGACUGUUUGGACACACACUGUGGGGCGGGGCGGGGCGGCAGUCGCCUGUAGAGUUUGGCUCGAUCUGUUGCGUGUUUGCCGGGGGGGGGGGCGAGGUUUGGGGUUUCCCACCAUUGUCUGCUCACUCUUUAUUGAAUGUAAUUUCACCACUGUGUGGCCACAAGGAGCUUCGAUCACUGCAGCGCCGUCUCCUCAGUGCAGGAUUAUUCCUUCUGUCAUGUAACUUACUGCUGUAAUCGUCUCAUAUUUCCCCCCCCCGAAUCCUCGGAUAUUGGUUUGUGGCCGAGUGGAGAUGAGUACAGAGGAGAGGAAUUUAAAUUUGCUUUGUCUGGGGAGCAUUUAUUUAUGUUUACAGGAGAAUUAGGGCCACAUCUGCGACAAGCUCUGGAGGUCGGCUGGUGUUUUCUGCUGCAGAUAGAAGCGGUCGGUGGAAAAUCUUGCCUAAAUCAGAGAUUUUUUACUACUAGUUGUGCUAUUUUAACAAAAUGUGCUCGUGCCAUUGGUUUGUGGUUUUGAUAUAAGAUGUGAAAAACGUGCUCGGACAGAAACGUUACUGUGAAUUGUCUUAUGAAUAACGGAAGAGGAUGGCUUAUCGUCGCGUUCGUUAGAGUAGUGCGCGCGUAGAUGAUUCUGGGGUUGGUAUCAUCCAAAAAAAUCUGUCAGUAAUAGUACAAAAUAAAAAAAACCCUCCUUCCUGUCGUGUUAUUUUAUAUUAAAAAAAAAACGGACAUAACUGUAUAUCAUGAUGACAUUCUUUUCUUUUAGUUUAUUUGUCCUUCGAUAGUGAAAUAAAAGGAAUAAUCCGAUAAUUCAGUGAAUUACACGCGUGGCAAAAGUACUUCAUCACAUUGAUGCAAAAAAAAAAAAAUUAGAAAUCCUGCAAAAAUUCCCGAGUAUCGCCAAAAAAAUAAGAAGCAGAUUUGCAGCAUCUUCCACGACUACCUGAAGAUACUGAAGAUGCAGUAGGAGCGGUACAGACGUACAACAUGACGCCACAGUGUAUGCUGUACUUCUGUGCGUAUACUGUAUAUACAUGUGUAUAUUAUUAUCAUUAUUAUUAUUGUUGUUAUUAAGGCAUUCAUUAGGCCUGAUUCACACCGUCCUGUCAUGUUUUCAGUGCCCAUAUUUACAGAUUAGAGCGUCGGUCUCAAACUCAGAAGACCUAAUCUGGACAUGAGCCAUACAAGGUUUAUAUUUCAGACUCACACUAUGGAUCCCAAGUGGGUUUUCCCGUUGGCGGCUCCAGCCGUGUUUGGGCCCGUUGCCUAUAGAACCAUAUGGGACCUGCAUGAUUUGCCUACUAAGUGCAAGUGCACUUACCAGGCUGGGUACUAAGGCUUGAAGUGGGCAAACACAGAUGGACAAACCCGCUUGGGGCCCAUAUCGGCAGCCCCAAUAUAAUCCUUAUGGGGCCCACAUUAACAUGCUGGUUGUGGUCGAGGGGAAAAAAAAGUGUAAAAUGAUGUCAUGGUAACGCAAUAAAAGUAUCGUAGGUAUUUCCCAGCAUGCAACACAAUAAGUGUCUGUGUUGAUAUGGAAGAAUAUACAGUUAAGAAAAUAGAGUGGAAUUAAUCUGUGAUGAAAGAGAACAAACAUCAUUUUAACUUGAUAAGAAGUGGCGGGCCACAUGAAAUCGAUUGGAGGGCCACACGUGGGCCGCGGGCCACGAGUUUGAUUGCACGUUUCAUGCUUCAUUGGUUUUUUUUAAAUAAAAUGUGGCGUCUUGCCCGUUUUUCCACGCACGGUUUUCCGGCAAACGUGAAAUAUCACACUUCGUUAGAAGCUGUGAGGAUUUCAUCCGAGUCCGAGCAAAAACGAAGACUUGAAAGUCUCACAAACCCGCGUGAGACGCAGCAGCGGCGCACGCGCCACGCGUUUCUGUCUCACUGACGUUUGAUAUCCAGCCCCAGUCUCAGGUUUUAGAGGAUUAGGCUUUUGUGAGCAUGUCUUUGAGAAGGAGAGGGGAAAAAAAACCGGAGGUUCAAAGAGUCAUUUUCAGGUUUUGACAUAAUAACUAAAUGUGUUUAGUGCUUGUGAUUGUAACACACUGAAGGUGCGUUUAAAAAAAAAAAACCCCGGGACAUUAUUGUUACUGUACAUGCGUGUUUCUAAUAACUUUAGCAGACGCACAGCAGAGCAUGCACGUGGAGAUCAGGGCUAAGAGUCUGAAACUGUCUGUGCUGUGACUGUGCCGACCAUCGCCAUCCAUGUUGUGGGAGGAGAUUGUACUAUAUAUUGUUUUUCAUUAAAUGGUGUUAUUAAGGAUUUCAAUGCAUGAUUGUGUGUGUGGGGGAGGGGGGAAGGGGGGGAAUCAGAUCUUUGGCGGCAACCUGAGUGAGCGUGAAUCCCCCGCGGUAUCGUUGUCUCCGUUUGUGGCGCCAAAUUCCGCCUCUUUAAUUAAAGUCUUGGACCUCUCUCUCUCUCUGUGUCUCGGUGCUGCCGCCUGCUUAUGGGUGGCACAUAACUUGAGUUUAAAGCAACCUUUUUAUUGCCAGUUUUUAAUUCAGGACGUUGUUGUGACACUGACACAACAGUGAGGUGAGAAAACGCGUUCGGAGACACUGGAUUACAUUUUUAAUUCUUUAUUUCUUUGCCUCCGUCUCUCUGCUCUUCACGUGUGAGGCCUAUUUUUUUCCUCCCAUGCGUUGUUUUUAUUCGAUAUUGUGGGAAUGGCUGCAUCGCACACUGCCUCCGAAGGAUGGUUUAUUUGUUUAGUUUAACCUACAGUUCCCCCGGCGUGAGGAAGUGAGGAAAGAAAGAAGACGCAUCCACACCUGAACACACUUAGUGAAGAGUGAAGGUUGUGUUUCACUCUCAAACAGCCUUAGGGUGUUCUUCUUGACUUUGAUUUGUCAGUGAAUUCUCUUCUUCUUACUUGAAUUAAUAUUUUAAAAAAAAUGAAAGAAAAGAAACCAUUUGUAUGAUUUCAGCUGUUGUAAUUUGUCUUUUUUUACCGUGUAAAUAAAGUUGUCGCUCAUGUCAA